CAUUUUGGCAGAUCACCUACCGCGCCUUUAACGCAUGAUAAGUUUGAUAAUUACGUCUAUGGUUAAUCUUGUUGUUUUGGUGUGCUUUAGAUGGAGUGAAAAUUAUGUCAGUGAUGGAGGGGGAUUCUGUCACUCUGCAUGCUGAUGUUUCUGGUACAUCCAUAUAUAAAAUGUUUUAUCUUCAGCGGUGGAUCGGACCAGACAAUAAUCAUAUAGCUGAAGUCAAUUGGAUUGAAAAUGAGAUAUAUAAAAUUAUCUAUUAUGAGGAGGAGCGAUUCAGAGACCGAUUCCCGAUCGACAAUAAAACUGGAUCUCUGACCAUCAAGAACAUCAGUACCACAGACUCUGGACUUUAUCGAAUAAAUGCUCGAGGCUACAAUGAAUCAUUUCAUGUUAAUGUCUAUGCUCGUCUGCCCAAUCCUGUAAUCACCAGAGACUCUUCUUCAUCUUCAUCGUCUAGUUGUUCAGUGUUGUGUUCAGUGUUGAAUGUGAGUGCUGUGAGUCUCUCCUGGUACAAAGGAAACAGUUUAUUAUCCAGCAUCAGUGUGUCUGAUCUCAGCGUCAGUCUCUCUCUACAUCUGGAGGUUGAACAUCAGGAUAAAAACACCUAUAGCUGUGUGCUGAACACGUCCUUUACUUACCGGACCGAACAUCUGGACAUCAGUAACGUCUGUCUGACACAUCCAGACUUGAUUCACUUUUGUGGUUUCACUGAAGUUGUGAUACGAUUGGUCCUCUCUGCUGUUGUGGGCGUGGCUGCUGUUGCCAUAGUGGUUUAUGACAUCAUAUCCAGAGGAGCAUAUUUUUAAUUUGUUUCUUAAUGUUUUGUCUGUAAAUCUAAACAUUUCACUGUGGUGUUUUUAACAAAGCUUCGUGAAUCAAUAAUUUCCAAAAUUCUGCUGCGAUUAGGUUCUGCUUUGUUCGUUUUUGUUUCCGCAUUGAAACUGUGAAGUAUUGUUGUGCAUGAUGAUUGUGAAUUUCUGCUCAA